AUGGAGAGUAGCAACGGCAAAGACUGCAAUCAAGGAGCAGGGGAGAGAAAUACUGCAGAUCCUGGAACUCAAGAAGAAAAUACUGUUGGACCCGAGCUGCCGGCUACAAGAGAAGGAUCUGCAGAAGCUCAUUCCCCUGACGAACUACCACUAGAUGCGGAUUGCAUCCAACUCGCAAGUGGCUCAGAAGAAAGUAGAAAACAAACGAGAGAUCAGGAGACUGAAGGCAAUCCUUCUGGAACUCGAGAAGCAGGAGAAGGUACCGAACAAGUUCAUGCCGCAGCUAGUGGCACGGCUAGAAUCUCGCAUUCGGCUCCAGCAUCACCAUCAGAAGCCGCCACGCUCAUGCAUACAACUUUGUUGGCCGAUUGUGAUGAGAAGUCAAGGAAACAGAAGUAUGAGUAUCGAAAAGCAGACGGCAGUCCUUCUGGAACUCGAGAAGAAGGAGAAGAUACCGGACAAGUUCAUGCUGCAGCUAGUGGCGCGGCUAGAAUCUCGCAUUCGGCCCCAGCAUCACCAUCAGAAGCUGUCACACUAAUGCAUACAACUUUAUUGGCUGAUUGUGAUGAGAAGUCAAGGAAACAGAAUUUUGAGUAUCGAAAUACAGAUGGCAGUCCUUCUGGAACUCGAGAAGCAGGAGACGAUACCGGACAAGUUUAUGCUGCAGCUAGUGGCGAGGCUAGAAUCUCGCAUUCGGCUCCGGCAUCACCAUCAGAAGCCGUCACACUCAUCCAUACAACUUUAUUGGCCGAUUGUGAUGAGAAGUCAAGGAAACAGAAUUAUGAGUAUCGAAAGACACAAGGCAAUCCUAAUGGCCAUCUUGAUUUCUUUGCUGGUGGGAAAGAGAAGGAAUGCCCCCGAUCUCGAGACAAUUCUCCACGAAAAGGCGGAGCAGCAGCAGCAGCCGCCAAUAAUGGGUCAGAACAGGGAGUCCAAGAGGAAGACCAGCAAGAAAGCCGAAUUAUACAGGAAUGGGAUAUUGAGAGCAGGCCAUCACACGCACACGUACCGGAACCGACAGAGUCUCCUGGGCUGCAAAGAGGUAGCGCUGUACAGAGAGAGUCGAAUCCAGGGGCGUAUGCAGCUGCCGGGCCAGAUUUCACAGAAAGGUGGAGGGCUCGUGGAAGCACGCCCAGUUAA